AUGGCGCGCAGCGACUCGGAGGAGGGGGGCCCCCCCGAGGGGCCCCCCGAGGGGCCCCCCGGGGGCCCCCGGGGGGCCCCCCGUUGCAGCAGCAAGCGGAAGAAGGCGUCGGCGUUUGCUGCGCUGGGGCUGGGAGCAGCAGCAGCAGCAGCAGCGCAGCAGCAGCUAGGGUUUAGGGUUCCGACUCCAGUGCAGCGGGCAGCAAUUCCUUUGCUGCUGCAGGGCCGGGACUGCAUAAUAGUGGGGCGAACUGGCAGCGGGAAAACUGCUGCUUAUUUGCUGCCGCUGCUGCAGCAGCUGCAGCAGCACGCUGCAGCAGCAGGAGCCCGGGCCCUGGUGGUGGCCCCCACGCGGGAACUGGUGCAGCAAAUCCACGGAGUUGCUGCUGCGCUGCUGCGCUGCAGCAGCAUUAGGGUUUGCGCGUUGGUGGGGGGGGUUUCUUACUGGCAGCAGUUCGAGGGUUUGGCGCGAAACCCUGAUUUAGUGUUUGGCACUCCCGGCCGCCUGCUGCAGCUGCUGCAGCAGCAGCUGCUGCAGCUUGCUGCUGUUGCUGCUGCAGUCCUCGUCGAAGCAGAUAAGCUGCUGGAGGCCGGCUGGGGGCCCCAGCUGCAGCUGCUGUGGGGGGCCCUAGCAGCAAAGCAGCAGGGGGUUUUUGUGUCUGCGUCUCUCCCAAACUCUCUUUUAGAGUUUAUUUCUUUCGGACUUCAAAACCCUUUUUUCGUCCAAGUCGACAAACCCUCAAACCUCCCCCAAACCCUUUUCCUCCGCUUCCUCUUCGCCUCCCAAACCCUCAAAGUCCCCGCCCUCCUCUACCUCCUCCGAGCCCUCCAAGCCGGGGAGCAGCAGGCGCUGGUGUUUGUAAACACUCGCCACCAGGCGGAGUUUUUGAAAUUAAUUAUUUCCAAAACCCUCAAAAUAAACCCUUUGAUUAUUUACGGCUCGAUGGAGCAAAGAGACAGAAGCGCCAACCUCGCGGCCUUCCGAAAACGCCGUUCUUUGUUUUUAAUUGUCACUGAUGUGGCUGCAAGAGGAAUUGAUAUUUCUGAACUUCCUUUUGUAAUUAAUUUCGACUUUCCACCUUCUGCUCGGGUGUACAUACACCGCGCGGGCCGCACUGCGCGCGCCGGGAGGGAGGGCUGCGUCAUCUCCAUCACCACCCCCGAGGACUUGCCCUUCGCCUUCGACGUCGUGACUUUCGUCGGCGGGCGAAUUGUCCCUUUGGCCCAGUGCAUGCAGCAGCAGCAGCAGCAGCAGCAGCAGCAGCAGCAGAUGCGGGAGGAGGAGCUGGACGGAGAGGCAGCUGCGGCGGACGGUAGCGCUGCAGCAGCAGCAGCAGCAGCAGCAGCAGAUGCUGAUGCAGACGCUGAAGCAGCAGCAGCAGCGGAAGCAGCGGAAGCAGCGUCGCCAGCAGCAGCAGCAGGUGCUGCAGCAGCAGCAGCAGCAGCAGACGACGGAGCAGCAACAGACGCAGACGACACAGCAGCAGCAGCAGCAGCAGCAGCAGCAGCAGCAGACCUGGGUCGCGUGUCUUCUGGAAUUUAUCCCUUAGGUGCUGCUGCUGACUUGGACUUGUUUCAAGAAGCUGUGUCUUCUUGUCUGCAGCAAGACUUGGAGGCGCAGUCGCUGCAGCGAGCAGCAGCAGCAGCAGAAAAACUUUACUUCAAAACGAGAGCAGCAGCAAGCAAGCAAGGCUGCCAAAGGGCGAAGCAGCUGCUGCAGGAGGUGGGGGGUCUUUCGCUGCUGUCGGCGCGGCCCUUCACGGAGCAGCAGCUGCUGCCGCUGCUGCAGCAGCAGCAGCAGCAGCAGCAGCUCGCGCUGCAGCAGCAGCUGCAGCGCCUGCCCCCCGCCCAGCAGCAAACGCUGCAGCAGCUGCUGCAGAAGCAGCAGCAGCAGCAGCAGCAAGAAGUGGAUGUGAAGCUGCUGCAAAUCAUGAGGCGCUUUAGACCCAAAGUGGGAGUCCAAGGCAGCGUUUUAAGUGCAGCAGCAGUAGAAGCCAUCAGCAGCAGACAAAGGGGAAAAGAAGCUGUUGCUGCUGCUGCAGCAGCAGAGGAAAGGAGACACAGGAGAGCCAUCGAAGACUCAGAGGCUGACGACUCCGACGAGGAGCUGCUGCAGCAGCAGCAGCAGCAGCAGCAGCAGGGAGAGGCUGGCGUCAGCAGCAGCAGCAGCAGCAGCAGCAGCAGCGGGCUCGAUGAAGCGCAGCAGCAGCAGCAGCAGCAGCAGCAGCAGCAGGGCGAUGGCGGGUGCAACGCUCUGCAUGCGCUGGAAGCAGCAGCAGCAGCAGCAACAGCAAAGCGCCGGCGAGUCAGCAAAAGGCGGCUGCAGAAAGUGGCGAAGGAGAUGGGCGUGGACCCGAGAGCAGCAGCAGCAACUGCAGCAGCAGCAGCAGCAGCAGCAGCAGCAGCAGCAGCAGCAGCAGACAGCAGCAAUGUCUUCGUUGAUGUUUCUCCAGAAGCAAAAGCAGAAGGAGAACAUGUGAUGCUGCAGCUGCAGCACCAGCAGCACACAACUUAUGCAGAUGAAGAGGCAGACUUGAGGCGGGCCAAGUACCAGGAAAAAAGAAAGUAA